AUGGAUGAGAAAAAUGGCAAAGAACCAGGGUGCAAAAAAGACAUCCUGGUUCUUUGGUACAAUUCGAUACCUGUUAGCUUUAAAUUCCUUUCCGUUGUUAAAAAAGUCCUGAAGACGUUUGUCGGAAGUAAAAAGCUUUGCGUGGAAGAACAAGGCACUCAAAUUGGUUUCAUCACCCUCUCCAACGACAACCAAACAAGAAAAUUAUUAAAAGUUGGGGAAAUCAAGAACAAAACAUUGCUGACCCAGUGGUUUGAUAGUUUUGACUAUGAGAAUGACUCUUUCACAAAACUUGAGCUUGCAAAGAAUGUUUUUAACGUGAGCAGUCCCAAAAAUUUCCGUCCAGAGGUGGAGGAUGUUAUUUUGUUGUUAAUCGGUGGAUCUCACAAUGCCUCGGAAAAUCAAACAAAGCUAGUAGAUGAAUACACCAGAAUCCUAAAGAAGAGGAAUAUCACUAUUGUUGGCUUAGUGGUCGGGAGUGAAGAUGAGAUCAAAAUGUUGAAACCGUAUGUCGAGCGCUGGCCGUCAACAGAGCUUCUGUUUGAGUCACGCUUUGAAGGGUUGGACAAAGUUGUGAAUCAAAUAGUUAAUGCUUUGUGUGAGACACCAGGAGAAUGUAAGUGUAGAGAUGGCGACAUUUAUAAGUUUACUACAUACGUCGGGCGCUACGAAAACAAUGGUUCAAUUCGUUGUGUAUUAGGUUGUCAUUGUCCAUGCAAUCAAACAGUUAAUGCUCAAGUCCAAGGAGAUUGGCCGGCCAGGGCCAUAGUCAGUUGGUCAGAACCUAAGCCAAGAUGUCCGACCACGCCAAGUCCAGGCAAUCCGAGAAGAAACGAUGAUUUGCUCUCUGUUGAUGCAUCGAAAUGUCAAGAAAAAAUUGACAUAGUUUUUGUGCUGGACAGAUCUGGGAGCAUUAACCCUGGGAAUUAUCGACAAAUGCAAAGAUUCGUAAAAUAUGUGGCAAGUAAACUAAAUGUCGGUGUAAGAAAUGAUGCAGGUGACGUAAUAGGUCAAGGCGCUAUAGUUUCCUUUAGCGAAAGUGCAGAAAUUGAGAUCUUACUAAGUGAAAGUGCAACACCAGGAGCAUUCGAUAGAGCGGUGGACGCUAUGGAAGGACCUUUACCAGGCGGGCGUACAUAUACAACUUUAGGCCUAGAGUUAGCUGACAGAUACGUGGUUCAAAAAACUGGUGGAUAUCGAGAUGACGAUGACGUAAAACAUAUAUUAAUAGUGAUAACAGAUGGAGAGCAAACAAAAGGAAGGGGUUAUGUUCCCGUGAAAGAGGCUAUAAAACCCUUCUUUGACAGAAAUAUGGAUGUAUUUGCAGUCGGUGUAGGAUUGGAUAAAGAUGAAGCUAAACAAGAAAUCCAAGACAUGGUCAGGUCUAACGCAAAUGCAUUUUUCGCUACAAGCUUUACUGAUUUAUUAAUUCAAGCGAAUCACAUCCUCCUUAAAUUUUGUCCAGUUUGUGGGACGAAAAGAGAUGACUGCCAUCCAGCAUUAGCCACCUGCACUGACAUAGAGCUAGCGAAAUACAAGUGCAGGUGCAUCGAAGGAUACAUUGGAGAUGGAAAAACAUGUGUUGCCUGUGAGUGUUCUAGUGCACAAAGAGUAAGAGUUAAAGUGAAUAUCGGCCGAACAAAUGCUUCCGUCAGUUGGUUGGAGCCUAAACCUACUUGCCCGACAACGCCAAACCCAAACAAUACGAGGCACACACGUGGACAGUUCCCUGUCGGUAACUACAAGAUCAUUUAUCAAUACACCCACACCACCGAAUCUAAAAGUUUUAAGCUACAAUGUGAUGUGAACAUUGUUGUCACAGGGAGGUAUUGCGGCAAAAGAACCUAUGACCCAGCCUCUCACAAUUGCUGCCGUGGUAAGACCUACCGUAAGAAAUCUGGUUACAAGUGUUGUGGCAAAAAUUACUACAACCCUGCUGGUCUUUUAUGCUGCCGAGACGCCAGUAUCGUAUCUGUUGGAAAAAAAUGUCCUGUUUAA